AUGGACAUCUUCGUGGGCUAUCUACUUUUCUUCGUGAUGUACAUCAGCAACGUCGGCGCCCCCAGUUCAUAUUACGGCCCCGACGAAGACGGCGCUCUAAUCCUCCGCGAACGCAGCUUCCUAGCGAGCGACUUGAUCUCUGGAUUUGGCUACGGCAUCCAAUUCGCACUCUAUACGACAUGCGCGCACUAUCUCUGGUCACAGCGGCAGACGCGACGCUAUGCUCUGGUUCUUCUCGCUUACACUAGCAUCGCCUUCUGUAUUCAAACCGUCUACGUUGCUGUGCAGGCGCGAGUUCUGCAGCACGUGUACAUCGAUGACCGCAACUACCCGGGCGGCCCAUGGGCGUACUAUCUUUCCUCACAGAGCAUUCCUGUCAACAUUGUGGUUCAGGUUACGCUCUUCGUACUCACGUUCAUGUGCGAUGUGUUGGUGCUCUGGAGGUGCUGGGUCAUCUGGCAGGCGCCAUGGCAAAGCCGCAGGGUAGCCUACCUUGUGGCUUCUGUACCGCUUGUCUUACUCUUAGCGUCCUUCGCUACAGGCAUACUCUGGGCGCUUUCGUCCUCGCGCACAGCCUCACCAAGCACCCUUUACCCAGCCCUCCCAAAAGCAUACGGCAUCGCAUACACCUCGACCUCAUUCUCCAUCAACAUCCUUCUCACGCUUCUCAUCACCGGACGCCUGCUACAGUACCGCGCAAACAUCAUGUCGAGUCUUCCCGCCGCAUACGCGAAACACUACUUGUCGCUCGCGACGGCGCUGGUGGAAAGCGCCGCGCUGUACUCGGUGUUCGCUGUGGCGUUUCUCGUUUCGUAUGCGGUUGAUAGUGGGCUGGAUCAGGUGUUUCUCGCUGUUGCGCAAGCGGCGCAGCAGGUCUCGGCGUAUAUGAUCGUAUACCGUCUCGCAAACGGGAUGGCGUGGGAGACAACGACGCUCGCCAACGAUUUAACCUCUACGAUAUCGGCUCUCGUUGAGGAAACCGGAAGCGCUUGUUGA